AUGUAUUUAUCUUGUUUGGCUUUAAGUAAAUAUGGACAAUACGAACAUAUGUAUAUACAUAUUUUAAUUUGGCUCUUAUAUGUGACAUUAUCACAAACUGUGGCAUUGAAAAAUAAUAAAAAUUUAGGAAAUAAUAAAUCAAUAUAACUGACACAAUUUUUUCCCAAUAAUUCUUGUAUGUAAAAUGCAAACAUUUAAUCUUUUAUUUUGAGAAUUUUUUCUGAAUUUAUAUAGUUCUCACCAUAAAUAAAUAUUCCGUAUUAUAAUAAAAGUUUUACAUCUCCAAAGAUUUGACAAUAAACUUUUACUACAGUGUUUAAAAGAUGAUUUUGACAAAGAAGCACAGCCAUCAUUUUUUUCUUAUACAACAAAAUUAUUAAUUCAUAAAUUUCAUAAAAUUCAAAAAACAUUAUAGCUAUAGUUAUAUUUUGAAGAUGAACUUUCUUCAUACCAAAAUAUCUUAUUUCUUAAAUAAGAUAAAAAACAGCUCUAAUUCAAUGCCCAUGUGCUUCAAUGACAUAUAAUCAUUUGUUUAUACAAGCUAUGUACAAAAAUGUCUAAUCAAGAUUUAUACACAUUUUAAAUUUAUUGUAAAUCUCUCUUCUAAAACUAGAAUGCAGUAGAAUGUAAGAAUAUGAUUUUCCUUCAUUAUAGUUAAAUAAAAUUACUCUAAAAAUUUUUAUAUCUGUCAUUUUUUCUCUUAAUAUCAAUAUUUAGGAAAACUUAAAAAACUUACUACCACUGCAUUCUGAACAUUGUUACAAACCACUGCAUCCUUAAUAAAUUAAAUUUUUGUUUAACAACAAGAAGUUUUUGCAGGUUCUGCUUCGACUAGAUUAAAAUCCAAACCACCAGGUCUAGCAAAUCCAGUUUUUAUUCCAUCCCAACCAUCUUCUAACUUGUAUUCACCAGUCUGUAUUCUAUUAUAAACUUCCUGUGUAACUGUUCGAAAUGCUUCUUCAACAUUAACUCCAGUUUUUGCACUGGUUUCAAUAUGAUGUACUCCAUGUUGGUCAGCAAAAGCUCUUGCUUCUUCCUUUGAAACUUCUCGUCUACUCCCAUUGGUAACUAAAUCUAAUUUACAACCUACCAAUGCAAAUACAGGGCGAUGUGGUUCAAUAUGCCUGCGAGCGUCCAUCAUCCAUUGAGGAAUAUGUUCAAAACUUGCUCUGUUACAAACAUCAUACACAAGUAAGGCUCCAACAGAGUUUCUAUAGUAUGAUUUUGUAAUUGACCUAAGAUAAACAUGUUGCAUUAUCCUACAUGUAUUAUAUUAUAUAUUAUAUAUCUUCUUUUCAAUACAAUAUUAUAAUGUUAAGAAGAUAUGUAAUAACAUACCUAAAUCUUUCUUGGCCAGCUGUAUCCCAUAAUUGUAAUUUUAUCCUUGUUCCAUCUUUUACUUCAAUUAAUCUAGCAAAAAAAUCAACUCCUACCGUUGGAUCUGAAAGCUAAUCAAAUAAGAUAUAUAUAAUCAUAUUAAGUAUAAAAAAUCAGGUAUAAAUACAUUAUAAUUUUUCAUUUUAUUAAAAAAUAUACUCUACAUGAAGGUCAAUGACAGAUUGAAGAUGAAACAAAAAUGUUCAAAAAAACUUUUUUGUUUAUUGUUUGUUGAUUUAUUAAUUAUAUAAUGCAUGUAAUAAUUAUAAAUGGAUAUUAGAACUAAUUCGUUUCACAUUAUAAAAAUUCUCAAGAUACUAUAAUUUUUAGACAUUUUUGUAUUGUUCUGAAUUCUUUAUUUAAAAAUAUAGCAAUCAACUACGUAAAUAUUAUUAGCUCAGCAAAAUUGGAAAUACUCCAAAAAUAUAAAACAAAAUCUUAAUUUCGAUCUCGACACUAACUACGGUAUAAUUUUUGUUUUUCAACAUUAUGAAAAAUAACAAGCGAACAAAAUAUGACGUGAUGUUUUAAAAUCAAUUUGUAUCAGCAUUAUUAACGAUAAUGGUUAGAAUCACUGCGUACCUCUGCGAACUUCCCAUCGGUAAAAUAUUUCAGCAACGAACUUUUUCCGACUGUACUGUCACCGAUCAGUAUUAGACGGAACUGAUAAUCAAAAAUUGGUUCCACCAUUUUGAUGUAUAUUACAAUUAAAGUUCUUCACAAAUAAUAUCCUGGUUGUCACUUACAAAGUCAUGAUUUUGCUGCAUAUAUUCGUCAAGAAUCUCACUGACUGUGACAUUAAUCAUCAACUUCCUACCUUUGCCCAAGAAUGUACUAAACUUAUUGCGCACGACACUGUGCAAAUAAAUACACAGAUCUCAAAAAUGGACGAAAAAGAAUUAAUGAAUCAAAUUACUGAAUUACGUGAAUUGCUACGUAUAAAGGAAGCUCAACUAGUUGCUUUAAGGCGCGAAAAACAAAUCUUACAAGAUUACGGUUUGAGUAAUGGAGAAAUAUUAAGAUAUAGCAGACAAAUAUUUUUACCAGAAAUUGGUAUUAAAGGUCAAAUAAAAUUAAAAAACAGCUCGAUAUUGAUUGUAGGAGCAGGUGGACUUGGAUGUCCAGCUGCAUUAUAUUUAACAUCUGCUGGAGCUGGACAAAUUGGUAUAAUUGACUAUGAUGAUGUUGAGAUUAACAAUCUUCAUAGACAAUUGUUAUAUGCAGAAACACACAUUGGGACACCAAAAGUAAAUGCUGCUGCAGAAAAUCUUAAUCGUUUAAACAGUGAUGUUAAAGUUAUUCCAUACAAAAUUCAACUAGAUAGCAAUAAUGCUUUGAAUAUAAUAAAGUCUUAUGAUGUAGUGAUAGAUGCUACCGAUAAUGUAGCUACACGUUACUUAUUGAAUGACGCAUGUGUUCUAAGUAAUAAACCCUUAGUAUCUGGAUCAGCAUUAAAAUUUGAAGGUCACUUAUCUGUAUUUAAUUACAAUGGACCUUGUUAUAGAUGCAUAUUUCCUAAACCUCCUCCUCCAGAAACAGUAACAAAUUGUGGGGAUGGUGGUGUUUUUGGUCCAGCCGUUGGUACCAUUGGUGUCUUACAAGCACUAGAAGCGUUGAAGAUAAUACUCGAUCUCCCGCAUGUACUAUCUGGUCAACUUCUAUUAUUUGAUGGACUAGAAACGAAGUUUCGUAAGAUAAACUUACGUGGUAAAAAUAAGAACUGCGCUAUUUGCGGUGAACAUCCAACUCUAUACAAAUUAAUUGAUUAUGAAACAUUUUGUGGUGCAAAAGCAAAUGAUAAAGAGUCUAAAUUAAAUUUAUUAAAAAACGAAGAGAGAAUAAGCGUGGAAGAAUAUAAUACAUUGAAAUUAGGCACAGAAACUCAUCUCUUAAUCGACGUACGAUCGCCCGAAGAAUUUGACAUUUGUCAUUUAAAAAAUUCUAUAAAUAUACCAUUGCGCGACAUUAAUAAUAACGAAAAAGUAACAUUAAUAAGGAAUAGAAUACAAGAAAUAGAAAAACAGCACAAUGAUGCUAGUUGUAUAAGAGGAAAUGAUUCACAGAAAGCUGUGAAAAGUCUUCAGGAAGCAUUUAAGGGAAGUAAUAUAGAAAUAAAAGAUGUGAUUGGCGGCAUUCAUGCUUGGAGUAAAAAAAUUGAUUGUACAUUUCCUUUAAACUGGUUUCUGGAUGCUUGUAAUGGGAAUCUGAUAAAUUUCUUAAUUUUUCUGCUGCUUGUUCUGGUGUUAAGUCUCUUUGUGCUUGUGCAAGAAGUUCAUAACCAACCAUAUGUUUCUUUACAGUCGCUGAACGUAAUAAUGGCGGUAAUAACAUACCGUUUAACCACUUCUUUAAUUUCAGAAAUUUUCAUAAGUGCUAUAGUUACAUUUGAUUUUGGAUGGAAACACAUCACUUUACAAGUACCUCUGGCAGCAUCCAUUUGA